AUGUCUGCAUCUGAUCGGAACCUUCGAGUGACAACGAUCAUCGGUUCGUUCGGGACCUGUCUGGGAGCCUGGCUGAAGGUGUUCUCGGUACCUCAGGAUAUGUUCUGGCUGGGUUUCACCGGGCAGACUGUGGUGGCUGUAUCCCAGGUGUUCAUACUCAACGUGCCGCCGCGUCUGGCCGCUGUCUGGUUCGGAGCUGAUCAAGUGUCGUCUGCCUGCAGUAUCGGCGUGUUUGGGAACCAGCUUGGGGUGGCUGUCGGCUUCGUGUUGCCUCCGAUGCUGGUCCGUGCAUCCGGCACCAUCCCCGAGAUUGCAGCUGACCUGCGCCUCAUGUUUUACCUCAUCGCAGGCUUCACAAGCGUGCUGUUCGUCUUCAUCCUGCUUUUCUUUAAGGCCGCUCCCCCCACGCCACCAUCAGCUGCUGCGGAUCUUGGCAACAGUCUGGACUCCAACUUCCUACUGUCCCUGAAGAAGCUGAUCACCAACCGCAAUUAUGUGCUGCUCCUCAUCUCAUACGGUCUCAACGUCGGCACCUUCUACGCCAUCUCGACCUUGCUCAACCAAGUCAUACUUACUUAUUAUCCGGGAGCAAAUGUGGAUGCGGGCCGCAUAGGGCUGGUGAUCGUGGUGGCAGGCAUGGCAGGGUCGGUGGUGUGUGGACUGAUUCUGGACAAGACGCACCGGUUCAAGGAGACCACGCUGUCGGUGUACGCCGCCUCCGUCGUCGGGAUGCUCAUCUUCACGUUCACGCUCGACUGCGGCUACAUUGCCGUUGUGUAUCUCAGCAGCAUUUUGCUUGGGUUCUUCAUGACUGGCUACUUGCCUGUAGGCUUCGAAUUCGCUUCGGAGGUGACUUACCCUGAACCAGAAGGUACCACUUCAGGAAUACUGAACGCUGUAGUUCAGAUCUUCGGUAUCGUGACCACACUUCUGUACGAAUGGAUGCUGGGCACAGUUGGUGAUCGCUGGUCGAACCUGACUCUCUGUGGGCUGCUGGCUCUAGGCACCGCCAUCACGGCUGCCAUACGAUCCGACCUAAGGCGACAGGCUGCUCAGAACAACGCCAAGGAGUAAAUCAAUUGACGUACUAAUAUCUACAUUCCAAAAGUAUUCUCAAAUAAUGCAUUAUUUUAUAUAAUUAUUGUAUGCAACCAGCUUUACUUUUUAAUUAUUAUAAAUUCUAUAUGAGUUGGACUCAAGCUGUGACGUAGCUGGACUCAGUUUAAGGCAGGCCUAUAAAAAUAUAUUACUAGUAGUGAUAAACUAUCUCACUAUAAUAUUAUUAUUUAUUACUGAUAAGUUAACGUAUUAUACUUGUGUUAGUGGUGCUUAGGCUGUGAAUUUAUCGUUAUCAUCACGUUUGGGCUCAUUGUAAGGCGUUUCCGGAGAAAAUAUUGAUGGGAAGUAUUCGGAAAUAAUUUGCAAAGAUUUUUAAUGAACGUUCUUGUACCUAUUGAAAUUAUUUACAUUCAAAACAUGGUUAAAUAUUGAAAUGCCUUUUAAUGAGAACGUCGUUAUCCUAGUGUCAACUUCAGCAGACUACAUGUCGGUGGGAAGGUUUGGCAACUUCGGCUAUAUCUCAGAAUAGGGAUGACGGCAGUUAUGAAUAUGGAAAAAAUAUUUAGUUCGUUAGACACAGAAAACUAAAUUAAUGAUUAGGCAUGGGAGACCAAGUUACAACGUUUCUAGUAGUGACGUCGAGAAUUUUUAUUUCAAAAAUGUUAUCGUCAUCCCUAUUAGAGAUUAUUUUUACAAAACCGUUUUGAAUGUCUACGUAUUUAUUUUUUAUUUAUUUUAGUGCUUUAUUUAUUUCAGAUAGUUCCUUUUCAAAUGAAUUAUAAAUAUUAUUUAUGUGAUUUAUCUUUAGAUUUUUAAUUAUGUAGUUCUAAAUAUUAAAUGAGAUGUAUCGAAAACAUACAAUAAAGUUCUUUGAAGGAAUGUUUGCCUCUGAGAGGAACAAAAAUGUGUAUCCAAUGAAAACACUCCGAAAUACUUAUAGAAUGAACUAUCAAAUGUUUUAAUAUAAAUGUUUAGCUCCUAGGAUUAUAAUAUAGAGCUAGAUCUUGAAAUCACGACAAUAAUUGUGUGACUGUAACUAUACGGUAGUUUUUGCCGCAAACUAGAAUAGAUGUGACGUAUCUACGAAAUGAUAUAUUGGUGUAGUAGAUGGUGAAAUAUUUAUGAAAAAUCUGAACAGAUAUUUUAAAUACAUACAUUAUACUAUGGUCGUAGUUAAAUAAACGAUACAUAUACAUACCUAUAAAUUGAAUUAUGUAGGAAUUUUCAAUAUAAAUCCAAUAUUGCUCGUGCAAAAAAAUUAUGCUGUGGAAUUUACGCGGCAAAAUAUAAAAUUUUGAUAGAUUCGAAUUGAACUUGUUGCCAUCUCUCUUUAAAGGAUAAUAAAAAAUCUUCUAUCGAAAGGUUUUGUAAACCCUAAAUAACAUAUUUUAAAUAGCAGGGUGUCUUUCGAAGAGGCGUAAAAGUCUCAUAUCACCGAAAUGGUCAAAAUGCCCCAAAAAUAAAAACCUAAAAUGUUCGGCCUAAAGGCCAACUAACAAAUAAAUGUAUGUGCAUUUAGAACUUUAAUUAUAUACAAAUAAAUAAUUAGGAUUGUACGUUAGAGUGUCUAAGCAGAGUGUGAGCUGGCAGGCUGCUCCUAGCAAAAUGAAGGCAACAAGGUUUUGUUAUUAAAAAAGAAAAAAAAAGAAAGAAGUGGCUCAAUACUCUGCCAGCAGGUAUUUAAAAGUAAUUUAUUUUGGGAUUUUAAAUCCUAUUUGUGAUCUAGUAAGGAUUUAUUUGGCUUCAUAUGUAAUCUCUACGUGUUAAAAUUAAAUUAGUAAGAUAUAAAUAGGUUAUAAGGUUUGUGUAAAUUUGUUUUGUUAGGCAAGGUAACACUUUCCACUGCAUACAUUUUAAUUACAUAUUUAAGAACCACCUA